UUGACAGUAGAUUUCUGUUUAUAUUACACACAUUUCUCUCACUCGUCAUUUCGCACGCAUGGAUGUCGGUGACGCUUUGAGGUUUUAAAAUGACAGCUCUGUUUUGAGGAAUGUUUACCCUCACAGAAGUUGCCUCUCUAAAUGAUAUCCAGCCAACUUAUCGGAUACUGAAACCAUGGUGGGACGUCUUUAUGGAUUACUUGGGUGUGGUCAUGCUUAUGCUGGCCAUAUUUGCCGGGACCAUGCAGAUAACCAAAGAUCAGGUGGUUUGCCUUCCUGUUCUAGAAUCAUUGGAGGACCAAGCCCCUGUGUCCACAGAAAGGCCACUAGGCAAAGCUUUUGGCUCUGGGACAGGAGGGGGCCAUGUGACACUGGCAGCUGCACCUUUAGCAAGCAACGAACAAACCGACAGUGUUGUCCAACACUUCCCACAGUCGUCUGCUGUCAGGCAACCUCAGCCCACAGGUUUACGAACAAAUCUGGAUUUUCAGCAGUAUGUCUUUGUAAAUCAGAUGUGCUACCAUGUUGCCCUCCCAUGGUAUUCGAAGUACUUUCCAUAUCUAGCUCUCAUUCACACUAUUGUUCUUAUGGUGAGCAGUAACUUUUGGUUCAAGUAUCCAAAGACCAGUUCCAAAAUUGAGCAUUUUGUGUCUAUUUUGGGCAAGUGUUUUGAGUCCCCUUGGACAACCAAAGCAUUAUCUGAGACGGCCUGUGAAGACUCAGAAGAGAAUAAACAGAGAUUGACUGGAGCCUCUACAUUACCAAAGCAUCUUUCAACCAGCAGUGAGGAGGGAAGUCCAAAUCAGUCCACACCAAUGCUUGCAAAAUCUAGCAUUAAGUUUUCUGCAGAGAAGCCCGUCAUUGAAGUUCCAAGCAUGACUAUACUUGACAAGAAAGAUGGAGAGCAAGCUAAAGCCCUUUUUGAGAAAGUAAGGAAAUUUCGCACACAUGUCGAAGACAGCGACACAAUCUACAAACUCUAUGUAGCUCAAACUAUUAUAAAAACUGUCAAAUUUAUUCUGAUUCUGUGUUACACCAUGACCUUUGUCACCUCCAUCAAAUUUGACCAUGAUUGUGAGCCAGAAAUCAAGCAUUUGACUGGAUACAACAAAUUUAAAUGCACCCACAACAUGGCUUUCAUGUUGAAAAAGCUCCUUGUUAGCUACAUUGUCCUAAUUUUCGUUUAUGGACUGGUUUGCAUUUACACUCUUUUUUGGCUGUUUAGACGGCCACUUAAGGAGUAUUCAUUUGAGAAGGUUAGAGAAGAAAGCAGUUUUAGUGACAUCCCAGAUGUGAAAAAUGACUUUGCUUUCCUCCUUCAUAUGGUUGACCAGUAUGACCAGCUGUACUCGAAAGAACGUUUUGGUGUCUUUCUCUCAGAAGUAAGCGAGAACAAACUGCGGGAAAUCAGCUUAAAUCAUGAGUGGACCUUUGAGAAACUACGGCAACACGUGACUCGCAAUGCACAGGAUAAACUCGAGCUGCAUCUUUUCAUGCUCUCGGGUGUUCCUGAUGCAGUUUUUGACCUCACUGAUUUAGAGGUCCUAAAACUGGAACUCAUCCCAGAGGCACGUAUCACAGCAAAAAUUUCCCAUGAUAACCUCCAUGAAUUGCACUUUUACCACUGUCCCGCCAAAGUUGAACAGACUGCAUUCAGUUUCCUCCGCGAUCACCUCCGGUGCCUUCACGUCAAGUUUACGGAUGUAGCAGAGAUUCCUUGGGUUUAUAUGCUGAAGAACUUAAGAGAGCUUUACUUGGUGGGAAACUUGACCUCUGAGAAUAACAAAAUGAUAGGAUUAGAGUCCCUCAGGGACUUGAGGCAUCUAAAGAUCCUACAUCUGAAGAGCAACCUUACCAAGAUCCCUAACAUUACAGACUUAUCGCCCCACCUGAUCAAACUUGUGGUUCACAACGAUGGUACUAAAACUCUUGGUGUUAAAUAGCUGAAAAAGAUGAUGAACCUUUCUGACCUGGAGCUGCACAAUUGUGAACUAGAGAGGAUACCGCAUGCAAUUUUUAGCUUGACCAACCUGCAGGAGUUGGACUUGAAAUCGAACAACAUCCGUACCAUUGAGGAGGUCAUCAGCUUCCAGCACCUCAAAAGACUUAACUGCCUCAAACUGUGGCACAAUAAAAUCAUUUCCAUUCCUUUGUCCAUUAGUCACGUAAAAAACCUAGAGUUCCUUUAUCUGUCACAUAACAAACUAGAGUCCUUGCCUACUACUCUGUUCAAUCUACUUAAACUGAGAUACCUGGAUGUUAGUCACAACUCCAUUGUAGUGAUUCCUCCAGAGGUGGGGUUUCUCCAGAAUCUACAGCACUUUGCCAUCACUGGCAACAAGGUGGAAAUGGUGCCCAAGCAACUGUUCAAAUGCACAAAGUUGCGUACCUUGUCCCUUGGGCACAACUGCAUCUCGUCGCUGCCAGAGAAAAUUGGACAGUUGCUUCAGCUGACGCAUCUUGAGCUGAAGGGGAACUGCCUGGAUCGGCUGCCUGCACAGCUCGGUCAGUGCAGGCUCUUGCGUAGAAAUGGCCUCACUGUGGAGGACCACCUUUUUGACUCAUUGCCCCUAGAGGUCAAAGAGAGCAUAAGUCAGGAAAUCACUGCAACUUAUGCUAACGGAGUGUAAUCAUGAUUCAUAUAAAAAAAAAAUUGAAAGAACAGUCAUGGUAUUUCUAUCUGAGUACAACAGAAUAAGAACGUGCAAGAGUUUCAGAAUUCUGCUGUUUUUUUAAGGUUUUGUCCACAUGAAGAAAUUUUCAAUCCAGGACUGCGGGCAUGAAUGGAUGUUCCAGGUGUGAAGAAUGAGUCCAGUAUCAAAGUUUAUGUCAACAGUUGUUAUCACUUUCUGCACAGGCCAAAACAAUCUGCCAGUUAGCCAAUGUUAAAAUCUUUUGAGAGUCAUUAUGCCUGUCUGCAUGGGGAUUUUGUUCUUUUUUAUUUUUAGUUAUUAUUAUUUUCCCAUGUUACAGUACAAUAAUACAGUACAACAAUUAUUCAGUAGCAUUUUUGUUAAUUCAUGUUUUCACCUGCUGUUAUGCGCACAGUCUGCAUCGCAUGCCGUGUGCAUUGUGGUGCCAUUAAUGAUUGUAUUUUUUCAUUUGCGAGAACCCAGAACAACUGACAUUUAUUACAAAGUCAAUUACAAAUACUGUAUUUGACUAGGUGGUAAAAGAAAAAAUGAAGGAAGAAAUUCUCAAUUGGGUUUAGUAAAAUGUGCACUGAAGUAUUAAUAACUGAAUGUUCCUGUCAAAACAUAGUUACCAUGUCCACCCAGCGUCGAUCAAACUGUAUAUGUUAUUCUUCGGUUAAUGUCCAUCUUUCUUUAAUGAUAUUGUCCACCUAUUCAGUUUCUAAUAACCAAAAUAUUUUGAACUAAAUAACAAUGUUCUGUGUUGAAAAUUUACCAGUGUGUUUGCAUUCAAUUUGGGUUUGAAGAUGCACAAACUAAAGGUAAUCAUUUGCACUGCACUGCAAGUCCUGGCAAUAAAUUAACUUUUCCUUCUAACAUAAUCUUCAACGUGGGUUACAGAAGUAAUGAUUAAGUUAUGGCGACUUGCAUGUUUUGUAUAUAACACUAUAUUAUGAUGGGACAGACCAGUAAUGUGUAUACAUGUCCUUGCUGAUCAAAACCUCUGAUAGACAUGUAUAGUAAACUUGCCCUGAUAUUUAGUCUAACAUCAUAUCUUUGUCUUUAAAUGUGUAUGACAUCCGCUUAACUGUUAGCCAUUGAUGGCUAGUUAAAGUAAUGGAAAUGCUUGCACUGUGUGAUUGAUUGUUUCAAGUUACCUUGCUGUUAACAUACUGUGCAUGGCUAUGCAGUCGGCUUUUGGGGCAAAUGCACAAAAAGGUGACUUGCCAGAUGUUAGUAAUCAAGUAAUCAAGUGUUAGAUAAUCCUAACCUAAACCUUUUAUUUUGUUUGAUUUUCUUGGUGAGUUUACAAAUCUGUUGUUAAAAAUUUGAAGGAAAAGUUCAGCCGAAACCCAUUUUAUCUUUGUAUACUCAGCUUAAUGUCAUUCCAGACAUAUUCCUCCUUAUAUUUUUUUCUUUUAUAGACAGUCAAGCCUGAAAUUAUUCAUUCCCCUGGCAAAUUCUGACUUAAAGUUGAAGUUAAUGUUAUUCAACCAGCAAGUUUUUUUUUUGUUUUGAGCAGAAAUAACACAGUCUUCUUCCAAAAAAAUAAUUAGAUGAUGUACACGAGGCGUCACUGUGGAAAAAACAAAAAUAAAUAAAAAUUUACACUUGAACAAAAACUUACAUUUUUGUCUGAAUUUGUCAGCGGUAUGAAUAAUUUCAGGCUUGACAAUGUAUACAUUUAUAAUUGAUGACAUACAAGUGGGGCAUCACGGUAGCGCAGUGGGUAGAACGAUCGCCUCACAGCAAGAAGGUCGCUGGUUCAAGCCUCGCCUGGGUCAGUUGGCAUUUCUGUGUGGAGUUUGCAUGUUCUGAUCACCUCCGGGUGCUCCAGUUUCCCCCACUGUCAAAAGACGUGGUACAGGUGAAUUUGGUAAGCUAAAAAAUUGUCCGUAGUGUAUGAGUGUGUAUGGAUGUUUCCCAGUGAUGGGUUGCAGCCGGAAGAGCAUCCGCUGCAUAAAACAUAUGCUGUAUAGGUUGGUGGUUCAUUCCGCUCUGGCGACCCCUGAUUAAUAAAGGGACUAAGCCGAAAGAAAAUGAAUGAAUGGCAUACAAGUUCUUAUUUGAAUUUUGCAUUUAUAUGUCAUGUGUGCAACCAAAAAGUGCCGCAAUAUUCAAAUAUUUGAACGUAUUUCCAUGUAUGCAAUUUCUAUAUGGGUACAGAAUGACACGAGGAGGAGUAAAUGUGACAAAAUUUUAAUUUUAGAAACUUUACACUCUCUACAAGUUAAUAACUAAAACGGUUUCACUUUUGCACCCGAAUAACAUUUUAGAUAUAUUUUUUAUUUGAUUUGUAUGAAGAGGAAGUGCAUAUGUUAGCUAGAUCUCUUGAAAUGUAAAUGACAUCCAUAAUAUUUAUUGAAGCACUAAAUGUUAACAUGACAGAUUAAGUGUUGUUUGUUCUAAACCUUUUUUUUUUUUUUUUCAUUUGUUUACUGAAAGAUUUGUAAUGAUUGGAUGACAUUUCGACUUUGAUGUGGACUGCAGGGUUUAUAGUAAUUGAAUAAUUUGGACAAUGUCCUGCGUUUACUUUAAAAGCAUAACAUUUCAGACCAAACCAAAAGGAGUUCAAAAGGACAUUUACUUGUCUUAUUCACAUUUCACAGAAGAGUUGCGUCUCAUUUUGUGGAAUUGCUUUUCCCACAGUUAUAUUUGUCCCUCUGAAAUGCUGCAGGGUCUGACCUGUAAUUGGUAUCUUUGUGACCCCUCAAGAAUCUCCAAACUUGUUGAUGUCUUGCCAGCUGAGGCCUGAAAAUCAUUUUUGCUACAUGUGUGACUAACAAUAAUUAUAACCACAUAUGAAUCUAAAGAUGAGUUUCAGUGUUUUAGGUGAUUUGAAAUGAUAUUACUAGGUUUUGUUAAAUGUAAUUUCAUGUUGCACUGUCAAAAAUGGUUCUGUUUGAUGUUUUCAAUGGAAGUUUUGUUUAUGUAGAGAAAUAUUCAUUUGUUCAUUUUUUUAGUCUAUUAAUAGUUUAACUGCAAUGUACCUAAUUUCAAAUGAUUCCACCAAAUAUACAUUGUGUCCUUUCAGGUACACUGAACACAAAUUCAUUCCAGCAAAGUAUGUUUGUGUUUAAGAAUGAAGGCAACUUUGUGUUUUAUUUAUCUGCAAAUGUUUUUGAGGUAAAUUGCUCUUCAGCCCUGAAUGUAGCCUUAUUUGCGUCCCUUCAUUGUUUAGACUUCACAUUUUUGAUGGAAAGGAGCAUGAAGUUAGUCUGCUUUGCUCCUAAUCACGUUUGAAGAUAUGUUGAAAUUGGCAAUUUUAAUACAAUAAACACAUCAAAAACAAA